AUGGCAAAGCCCUUAUUCAUUUCUCUAACUACCUUCCUUUUCAUCUUCAAUCUCGUCCCUUCUUACGCACUCUACGGUUCUUCCUCCCCGGUUCUUCAGCUCACUCCCGCCAACUUCAAUAAAAAGGUUUUGAAUUCGAAUGGAGUUGUUCUUGUUGAAUUCUUUGCUCCAUGGUGUGGACACUGUAAGGCUCUGACCCCUAUAUGGGAGAAGGCAGCUACUGUAUUAAAAGGCGUUGUUACUGUGGCGGCACUUGAUGCUGAAGCUCACCAGGCUCUGGCUCAGCAAUAUGGUAUUAAAGGAUUUCCAACUAUUAAAGUGUUUGCACCUGGAAAACCACCGGUUGAUUACCAAGGAGCCAGAGAUGUCAAACCAAUUGCAGAAUUUGCACUUCAACAGGUAAAGGUUCUUUUGAAGGAACGAUUAAGUGGAAAAGCAACAGGGGGAUCAAAUGAGAAAAAGGAAACCAGUGCUUCUUCUUCGGUCGAAUUGAACUCUAGUAACUUUGAUGAAUUGGUUAUCAAAAGCAAAGAACUUUGGAUUGUAGAAUUUUUCGCACCUUGGUGUGGACAUUGUAAAAAAUUAGCUCCCGAGUGGAAAAGAGCGUCCAAUAAUUUGAAAGGGAAGGUUAAACUGGGUCAUGUUGAUUGUGAUGCUGAUAAGUCUCUAAUGAGCAGGUUCAAUGUUCAAGGAUUCCCAACAAUAUUAGUAUUUGGAGCCGAUAAAGAUACUCCAGUUCCUUACGAGGGUGCAAGAACUGCCUCAGCUAUCGAAUCAUUCGCAUUAGAACAGCUCGAAACAAAUGUUGCCCCUCCAGAAGUGACAGAGCUAUAUAGUGCAGAUGUUUUGGAAGAGAAAUGUGGUUCUGCAGCUAUCUGUUUUGUUGCCUUCCUUCCCGACAUUUUGGAUUCCAAGGCUGAGGGGAGGAACAAAUACCUUCAACAGUUAUUAACCGUUGCAGAGAAGUUCAAAAGGAGUCCUUACAGUUACGUAUGGGUGGCCGCCGGUAAGCAGCCAGAUCUUGAGCAGAAUGUUGGUGUUGGUGGAUAUGGUUAUCCAGCUUUAGUAGCCUUGAACAUUAAGAAAGCUGUUUAUGCUCCUCUUAAGAGUGCUUUCGAACUUGACCAAAUUAUAGAAUUUGUGAAAGAAGCUGGACGCGGCGGCAAAGGGAACUUGCCCUUGGGAGGUACUCCUACCAUUGUAAAGACAGAACCAUGGGAUGGAAAAGAUGGAGAAAUAAUUGAAGAGGAUGAAUUUUCUCUCGAAGAACUCAUGGGAGAAGAUGCCUCAAGCAAAGAUGAGCUAUAA